GGAUAGAGAAGUCGCGCAACUUCUUCGCUCCCGUGGCCCCAAACAGGCGGUGUGUGACAUUAGAAGGGGGGAACUGAUCUGUGAGCCCUAUUUUUCGUUUGGAAGUGACUAAUCAGUGCUCGUGAACAAGCUAAAAGGAAAAUCGGCUAAUUUGUGUGCAUACUCGUGAAUUAUACAGAUAAUAUUUGUGGUGUAUUUUCUGACAUCAAGCUGGAGUUAAAAUCCGAUCUCUCAAGAUGCCUCCCUAGUACUUGAGAGGCUCGGAUUGGAUUCCGAGUCUUAGAGCAUAGAAGAGGACUUCCUCCGCUGACUACACAUCCUCCAGGGUGCGCUGACGAUACCGCCCUCGGGAGGAUAUUAUAAAGGAACGCCCCUUCGACGUGAAACAAACUUCCCCAUUAACUUAUCCCCAGCAUCACCACCCUCCUCCUCCCUCCCAACUUUCUUCUGAGUGACGUUACUCUCUCUUUUUCCCUUCCUGGUUCCUCUUCCUCGUCUGUCGUCUCAGUCCAGAGAGCUUCCUGACACCGACCGCCACGCCCACUUUUUCGCAAUAUCCUCUCCCUCAUCUCCCCAGGCCUCCGAAGGCGGACGAAUCAAGGAUACAUUGAAAGAGUCACACAGCAGCAGUAGCAGCAGCAGCAGCAGCAGCAGCCCGGGGAGGCUAACUAAACUACCACAAGCGUGCAAGCACUCAUCUUCAGUAACCGAAGAAGGGGGAGUUUUCUCGCCAAGAAAGUAUUGCAUGAAAACGAAGGAAGCACAAAACACCUCUUUACUUCAGGGAGGGCAUGAUAUCCUUUUAAAAGAGUAAGAGACCUCCUUUUUCCGGGUUUCUGCAUGAAAGUGCCGACAGUAUCUCCACAUUUAUGAAGCAGUUUGUCAAUACAGAAAGCAGAUGAUGUUUACGUUGUGUUGAGGAACGAAUUUUACUUUACCGCAAAGCAGUGCUUCAAGUUUUUCCCAGUUUUUCUUAAACCUAGAGACUGAACUUACUUACGAAUCAUGGCAAAGUGAUCAGACACAUUAUCUGAAGGCGUCAGUAAUGAACGACCGGCGAAAAGGAAACCUUGAAUAUCGUUUAACGCCACGAAAACUAAGGGUUUCAGUUCUGACGUAGAAUAUCAACCUGACAAAACAAAUAAGCGAACUUGUAAACUAGCUGAUAAACGUCACAGAAAAGACACCACAAAAACGAAAGCAAAACAGAUAAACAAAAGAAACUCUAGCGAAUGAAAAGGUGACCGAGAAUCUCACACAGCGCGAAGGAAUCACGCUGAAAGCAGAGACAAAACAGAAUCAUCGAGGGCCUCUCGCAGAUAAAGAAAGUUCAGACAGGAAGAAGAAGAAGAAGAAAGAGCGGUAGUGGACGCAAACCUGCCAGCUGGUCAUGACAUGACAGAGCCGUUGUUGCUGCUGUUAUUGGUCAGAGGCGGUCCACCACCACAGUAAGAGGCACGACGGGCGGCGGGCGGCGGGAUGUUCCGCUGCGAAGCUGUUUAUCGUGGUUGCCGGGCCGUGUUGGGCGCCCAGUCCUCCUCCACACUCACGCUCCUGGUGGAGCACCUCCUGGCGCCCAACGCCAACGGCCAACUUGCCCACGACGGAGGAACCCACACGUACACCAAGCUCCGAAGCGAGAGAUGUCAACUGCAGUGCGACGACGAACGGCUCCAAGUGACCCCAAUCCGGAGGGACGAAGGCUUCGAAUCGGAUUCCGAGUCAUCUGGGAGCACCUGCGAUGAGUCCUUCUGCAGCAAUCAAGAUAUCAAGAUGAUCAACGACCACGUCCUCAGGCUGGACCACCUGAUUCACCACGACUCUGCCGCGACUUCUGCUGCGCCCUUCACCUCCUCCUCCUCGUCUUCGUCCUCCUCGGACGAUAUCUCGUCCUCAGCCACCAGCAGUGGCAACGAGAGCGAGGAUGACACUCCGAGGUCCACCUCCGAAUGCAUCGGGACUUCCGUCCAAAAUUCUCAGUCACAGGUCGACGCAAGUCGCGGCGCCCCAGCCGUCAGCGGAGGGAACGCCGGUGGCGGCUGUGCGAACACCACCAUCGGCGACACAUUCCUGAUGAGCGACAUCUUGUAUUGCCACGUGGCGCCCGCCACGCCCCGGGUGGUGGUGGUCGUCGUGAAAGACGCAGGCUCUAGUCAGGUUUACGCCCACGUCUUUCAGUGCCUCACCGAGGAGGCGGCGAGGGCGCUCUACGCCCACUACAAGGAGGCCAGCAACAAAUACAAGCUGAACAGGUACCGCAACAGCAAGAGGAAAACGGACCCGAACUCGGCAGAGUCGCCCGUCGGCGGCGGCGCCACCGUCUACAAGAGCGGCAGCAUCAGUAGUAGUAGUCACAAAGACGCCCUCUACGGGAAGCCGCCCAGCGGGAGCGUCUACAGUUCUUCCAAAGUUGCCGGAGGAUCCUUGAGUCGGUUGAGAGACGGAGGAGGAGUUGGAGGAGGAAGUAACAGCAGCGGAAGAGGCUCCCUCAGAUCAGUAGAGGCCAGACUCCUCAAAGGGGAAAAGAGAGAUCUGGGCAACAACGUCAACGUGAUUGAGAUCAGAGAGGCGUCCCAGCUAGAUAACCGAAACAACAACAACAACAACAACGAAGACCCGUCCUCCCCCUGGAACCUCGUGCAACACACCGAUUCCAACGGCGUCACCCACAUCGAGAUCGAGAGCGGCCCGUGCAGUCUCAUGAGCAGUUCGUCCGAUACCUCCGACUUCAACAGCCUCGCCAGCGUGAGCUCCCAGCAGCAGGGAGGUGGUCAGCUGACGAUGAACUCGCUCACAGCGCUGCUGCCCUCGCAUACCACCGCCACCACCAGCAACUCGGACGUCAUCGGUUCGAGCCUGCAAGGGUCGAGCAGUUGCCCUACGAGCCUAAUCUCGACGGAGAGGGAGAUCCUCAUCGCCGGGGAGGUCGAGAAGAAGACGCGCCAAAGACAGCCCCCUCAGUUCCUGAGGGAGCAGCAGCGCAAUUUCGGCCACCCGGACCCGCCGUCGCCGUGGAGGCAAGAGGACAACAUCUGGGGCGAGGAGACUCUCAGGAGGAGCGACAACUUCAACAAGAGAGACGAAUACCACCGCCGAGGAGACAAGAAGAACCGCGAGGAGAGAGAGGGACGAAGUCGACGGGGCAGACACGAGGUCGAACUCCGAAGCCACAACACCCUGAAGGACACGGUGCCGCUGUCGAUGCCCCUCGGCUCUGUGGAAGGGCUCAUUCCCCGCCUGCCCCAGGAGAGGCCGUCGAGGGCCCGAGAGCAGUCCAGGACGAGGCUGAGACAUUCCCACAACAAAGGGCCGGCGCCCCCGCCGCCGCCCAGGCGCCACCCAAACAACCCUUCGCUACUCCUGGUUCCUACGAAAAGCGGGGCGGAGAACGCCCGAGCCUUCUACCCGAAGGAGUCGCACAUCAUCCGGGGGAACAAAGUCGUCCGCGUCCAGGAAUACCCGGGGUACUCCAGCACCUGGAUGCACCACGACAUCAACAACAACCCCCACCACUACAGCUAUUACGCCCACGGCAACGCCUGGAUAGGGGCGGCCCACGAGUACCACGCCAUGAGACCCAGGGAGACGACGUCGACCAUCACCAACGAAAUGAGGCGCCGGUCGCGCUCCAAGAGCCCCGCCCGGAGGCCGAUGGCCCACCGGUACAUCGACGCCGUGUCGACGUUCAACCUCUCGCAGAAGCUGAAGGACAUCUCGGAGGCGGUCUUCACGGGCAAGCGCAACGGGAACAGCAUCCAGGCCAACGCAAACCUGUCUGCAGCUGCUGCUGCGAAUAACAGCAGUCACAGCAGCGCUCACAGCGGCGGCGCCCGCGAGGGAAAAGGUCACAGCCGAUCCAUGUCGACGGUGUCUGCCUCCGCCGUGGAGGGACUGGGCGACGGCACCCUCAAAUCCGUCAUCAAGAAAGGUCGCAAGGUGGAGGGGUCACCGCAGACGAGGAGGGUGACCUUCAGCGCCUACGCCACCGUACAGGUUAUGGAGGCGUGACCCCACCGGUGACCCUGUGGCGUGGAACAGUCUCCGCCGCUCGCCGUGGAACAUUCUUCGCUGAAUGAUGCUCAACUCAUCUCUUCUAUAGUUCGACCCUUUUUUUUUAUUAUUUUAUUUUGGUUAUUCAUCUCAUUCAUAGCUUUACCUCACUUCUACUACGGUGCCGUCCUGGUAACUAUUGACGAUUUAACUCUAAUUCAGCUGCGUGUAUGAAAUAUAAUCAUUCUCCUUGAAUAACUCUUGCGAAUUACCUCUUCCCCGCCUCCCCCCUCCCCCCCUUUCAUUCGCUGCUACUUGUCAGUAAUUUUUAGAGUAUUGUUAAGUCAUCAAUAAGUGGUGUCUUUCAUGAGGCUAAUUUGGAAAAGCAAAUUUCAUUUUCUUAUGUAUUAUUGUUACAAUUAUCUUGUAAACACACACAUACCCACACACACACACACACAUAUAUAUAUAGACACACACGUAUAUACAUAUUCUGAACUAUAUAAUAUUUAUACUAAAAAAAUUCUUGUCGACACUUAUUUAUCGUUACACUCAAAGACAUCAAAUAACUUGCUAAAGUUUUUUUUUUCUGGAGGCUAAACAGAAAAAAAUGAAAUCAGUCAAGAGCUUUCACCUGCUGUAGUAGUCAGUAAAGUUAAAGAUAAGAAUCAAACGCGAAAAUGAAGUACAGAAGAUAUCAGUGGGGAGGGGGGCAGACCAACCAGUCACCAACAAUGAAGAUGGCGCUCUUAAAAAGCUCAAAGAUUUGCAGUCAGAACCUAUACGAGACCACUUUCAAUAUCCAUCUCCUAAUUUGACACCUCACUGAGGGCCAUAUUUCCAGCACCACUUAAGAGAUUCCCUUUUUACACUGAACUGAAGUCGACAACUCGGUCACAAGCCGCGUUGAUUGACUGAUUUAUAAAAAUCGAAGGC